AUGGAGCUUCAUGCAACAGCUGAUCCCACCGCCAUUCAACUCUCACCCAAAGAUGGUGUUUGUUUAGAGUCUGCAUCUCCUGAAAAUUCUAGCAGCUCAGAUGAAAUGUUUGGAGACAUUGAUCCAAACUCAAUCUUUCAGCUUCCAGUUAGAAAGGACACAGAUGAUGGUGGCCCCAGCUUUUACUCAAGUUCUACUGUCAACAUUGAAGAAAGUGGAGCACAAGAUGCUUUUAAGCUGUUGUCUGUGCAGUCUGAAAGCGAUACAGGAGAUGUCAGUGAUGCUCAUGUGGAAAUGGAUGCACCUUUCACAGCUGAGAACUACUCAGCCACAAACACCCUGCCAACCCGUUCAUUUGAGGAGUUUACACCUGAUAUCACUGCUGAUGAGAACGAUGAAAGCUACAGGUUCCAGUGCUCCUGCCCAGGCCUGUACCAGUGCAGUGUGACAGGUCUGCUGUUCCACAUGGACGGAGAAGGGGACGUGGUCUACAGGAUUGUCCCUUGGGACAGGAGGCUACUGGGCCAACAUCACAAGCAGCCUGCAGGACCCCUGUUUGACAUCAAAUGUGUGCAGCAGUCUAUGUGUCAGCUUCAUCUCCCACACUGUGAGAUCCGCUCCACAGGUGGUUGUGGAUUCUUGUCAGUUGCUCAUGUGAAUGAUGACAGCAUCGAGUUCAUCGUCCCUCAUAAGAUAACAGAAACUCAUGUUAUCAUAAACAUCACAGGGUUUUCUGGUUUCGGUAACGUCAAGGAUGAAGACUCACCACCUGACCUGGUCCGAGCACUGGUUCUGCUGUUCUACAGACCCCCGGCUGAUCCUGAUCUUGAAUCUCUCCUCAAUGUGCUGUUGCUACCGACGAACGUCGUGCUCCGGGAUGUGCUGCGCAUCAGGAAGAAAUUAGUUGGAGAUGAAAACUACAUAGAGACAUCCCCCCACUGUAAACUGCACCCAAAGCAGGAAUACAAACUGUCCACUUGUCCUGAAGAUGACUCAGUUCUAGUUCAACCAACAGAAGCAGAAUUUGACUGUGAUAACUAUGACAACUACUUCCCAUCAUUCCAGGUGACUUUAGAAAAAAUCAUGAAACAUAUUAAACUGUUUUUGAGAGAAACCAAAAGCCCCCACAGUGUCUGGGAAAGACGAGUCUGUCUUUCACCCAGUGCAGUAAAAAGGUGUGUGCAAGGCAGUUCAGAUGAGAGGCUGUUGGACAUUCGGAGCAGCUUCAUCGAUGGGAUAUCAGGACCUGUUCUCAAAAGUCUGCUGGACAAACUGUUUGAGAAAACUGUGCUGACUGAUUCUGAGAGGGAGUCAGCGGACGAGAUCCAGAACAAAAGUGACAAAGCUCGUUUUGUUAUCGACACAGUGAGGAAGAAAGGUGAAGCUGCUGGUUCAGAGAUGAUUGACUUUCUCUGUGAGGUCGACCCCUUCCUCUCUGAACACCUCGGGUUGAUCUGAAAAUCUGAUCAUCCUGUAACUCCCAGUAAAGUCUUUCCCUUCAUCUGUCACUGUUCUUGAUCUCUUCUUGACAACAAUGAUGUAGGACACUUUUUCUCAAACCAAUCCUACCUACUUGUUGUUGGCUGAGAAACAAUAAGAAUAAGAAUAAACAACCACAUACCUUGUGACAGAAAAGUGAGCAGAGCGGAGGAAAAGGUCAGCAGUAAAUUGUCAGUAAAUGUACAGUGUAGGUUACAGUCAGUUAAUAAAUGCUGCAGCUUCUCAAGACCAAGAAAAGCCCCUGCAACUACCCCUGCCUACAUUCAAGAGUCCAGAUCUAGGGUUUCGGUAGCGUACCGAAGGGUUUCGGUACCGUACCUAACCUUUACGGGUUAGGUACGGGUUUGAAGGACAGUGUACUGAGUGUUUGGUGGAAAUGCAGCUAUAGUGUAACACAGAUGUGUAUUUGUUCAGGUAUGUUUGUAUGUGCUGUUUGUAGUUGGCCUUCACGUAUCUGCUAUAACUGUUAAAAUAUAAAGAUUUAAAGAUAAAGGUCAUCAGUUUUUAUAGGAACCUCAUGAUCUAGUGAAUCCAUAGACAUAACUGUACAUUGAUAUCAAUCCAUAAUCAAUCUAUAUGCUGCAACUGUUCAAACUAAUUAACUGUUAAUAUGGACUGUUGUUAAAUGCUGAAUUUAUAUAUAUGUAACUACUUCUUUUUUACUAAUUGAUUUAUCUAAAACAUAUUUCACAGGGUGCUUUGGUAGUACUGGAUGUUUGUUGUUAUUUUAUUGUUGUUUUUAUUCUGUGUAGUUUUUUCUGUCAGGUCCCCAACGAGAACCAGCUGUAAUUAAGUUUUAUUAUUAACAAAAAUGAAUGGGACUUUUAAGGUACAUUAGGUAAAACCUUUUAUUUGCUUUUCAUUCAUUGUCAGUACUGUCAGUAACACUGAUAUCAUCACCUCAUAUGGUUGAAAUCAAACAAUGAUUUUCUGCUUGAUUGUUCAUCUUAUAAUAAAGUCUUGUGUUUUAUUGUUAAA